AUGACGGACAAACAAAUUUUGCCCUCAGUUGCUUCAAUGGGGGCACUCACUUUAAAUGAGAGACCGAAGAGUGGAUUCGGUUACAACCCUUCUAUCGGCCCAGCCUCUAACAGCAUUGAUCAAGAGACAUCGACUUUACUACUAAACAAAAGGACACUAAAUCUUUCCACAGGUGGCAACAACUCCAUUUAUGAGAAAAGCAUUCAAACGAAGAAAGCAAAUGAAAUCAGUCUCUCUGCUUUGUCGUUUCUCUUCUGUGAAAUCGUGAACUGGGCCCACAGCAAAUCAAAAGGAAUUCAAGAUCUUGAAAACAGAUUGAAUGGCCUAGGGUACCAAGUAGGACAGCGGUACUUGGAGCUUGUUAAAUUAAGAGAGGGUAUGAAGUAUGGACAACGAGAGACAAAGAUUGUUGAGAUCCUACAGUUUAUACACGGACCUUUUUGGAAAGCCAUGUUUGGGAAGACGGCCAACGAGUUGGAGAAAUCUCAAGAUGUGGACAAUGAGUAUAUGGUGAUUGACAACGUCCCACUUAUUUCCAAAUUCAUAAGUAUUCCCAAAGAGUAUGGGAAUUUGAACUGCUCAGCGUUCGUUGCAGGCAUAAUCGAAGGUGCAUUGGAUAGUUCAGGGUUCAAUGCUAGUGUAUCUGCCCACUAUGCUCCAGUGGCGACCUUGGUUUCACGAACAGUGUUCCUCAUUAAAUUUGAUGAACGUUUAUUCGUUAGAGAAGAGAUACGAGCUACAUAG